CGCAACGCUACCAGAUGCAAGUGCGGGGGAAGCGUCUCGGCUGCUCCUCAGAAACAAAUCAACUUCUUUGUGCUGCUCUGGUUACUCUUCCCCGCUACAUCUCUGCAUAGGUAGAUGGAUUUCUUCAAGCGCUGCCCUGCCUAGCAUGGAUGCCCAGCCAGUACCACCACCACCACCACCACCACCACCACCAUCAUCUUCCUCAGCUGAGUCGGAGGGCUGUUUCUUCUUGGCGCAGUGAGCUGGACACGCAGUGCUUUUUUUUUUUUUGCCAAAUGGAUGUGGGGAAACCGAUGGCCAGCCCGCCGGUGGUGAUCAUGCCAUGAUAUUGCAGCCGCCUUGCUUCACGUGAAAGGGUUGAAAGAGAAAACAUUGUUGGGAAUUUACCGAUUCAGGGAAUAAAAAUCCUGUGCACCACACAAGCACCAUGAAGAAUACCUCCCUGCUGAUAUUUAAGGCGAGAGUCAGGUGCACCGUCAGGCUGCUGCUGCUGCUAUUACACUGUGUGGGAUAUUCACAUGGGAUGCCACACGUCUUGAGAUUUGGGGGAAUAUUUGAGUCCAUUGAAAGUGGCCCAUCAGGUGCUGAGGAACUAGCCUUUAAAUUUGCUUUAAACACAAUCAACAGGAACAGAACCCUACUGCCAAACACCACGCUCACAUACGACAUCCAAAGGAUAAACAUCUAUGACAGCUUUGAAGCCUCCAGGAAAGCCUGUGACCAGCUUUCUCUGGGGGUAGCAGCCAUCUUUGGGCCCUCACACAGUUCCUCUGCCAAUGCGGUCCAGUCCAUUUGUAACGCCCUUGGGGUGCCACACAUCCAGACUAAGUGGAAGCACCAGGUAUCGGACAACAGAGACGUCUUCUAUGUUAGCCUCUAUCCUGACUUCUCCUCCCUCAGCCGGGCCAUCCUGGACCUGGUCCACUUCUUCAAGUGGAAGACGGUCACUGUGGUUUAUGAUGACAGCACUGGUCUGAUUCGGCUGCAAGAACUUAUAAAGGCGCCGUCCCGGUACAACAUCCGGUUAAAGAUCCGGCAGCUGCCCGCAGAGACCAAGGAUGCCAAGCCGCUCUUAAAGGAGAUGAAGAGGGGGAAGGAAUUCCACAUCAUCUUUGACUGUGGUCACGAAAUGGCUGCUGGGAUCCUGAAGCAGGCUCUCGCCAUGGGGAUGAUGACAGAGUAUUAUCACUAUAUCUUCACCACACUGGAUCUGUUUGCACUGGACGUGGAGCCUUACCGAUACAGUGGUGUGAACAUGACUGGCUUCAGGAUCCUCAACACUGAGAACAGCCAGGUCGCAUCCAUCAUCGAGAAAUGGUCCAUGGAGCGACUGCAGGCUCCACCCAAACCUGACUCUGGUCUACUGGACGGCUUCAUGACCACGGACGCCGCGCUUAUGUAUGAUGCUGUGCACGUGGUGGCCGUGGCUGUGCAGCAGUCUCAGCAGAUCACUGUCAGCUCAUUACAGUGCAACCGACACAAGCCCUGGCGCUUCGGGAACCGCUUCAUGGCCCUCAUCAAAGAGGCCCACUGGGAUGGCCUGACGGGGAGAAUCACUUUCAACCGGACCAAUGGCUUGAGGACAGACUUCGACCUCGAUGUCAUCAGUCUAAAGGAGGAGGGGCUUGAGAAGAUUGGUACCUGGGACCCUCCAAGUGGCCUGAACAUGACUGACAACCAGAAGGGGAAGACGACCAACGUCUCUGAUUCCUUAUCCAAUCGAUCCCUGAUCGUCUCCACCAUACUGGAAGAGCCAUAUGUGAUGUUCAAGAAGUCUGACAAGCCGCUGUAUGGGAAUGACCGCUUUGAGGGCUACUGCAUAGACCUGCUGAGAGAGCUGGCCAACAUCCUUGGCUUCCUUUACGAGGUUCGCCUGGUGGAAGAUGGGAAAUACGGCACCCAGGAUGAGAACACGGGCCAGUGGAAUGGCAUGGUGAAGGAGCUAAUGGACCAUAGAGCUGAUCUGGCAGUGGCUCCCCUCGCCAUCACGUACGUGCGUGAGAAGGUUAUUGACUUCUCCAAGCCCUUCAUGACGCUGGGUAUAAGUAUACUUUACCGCAAGCCAAACGGGACCAACCCUGGGGUCUUCUCCUUCCUCAACCCCCUCUCGCCCGAUAUCUGGAUGUAUAUUCUGCUGGCUUACUUGGGUGUCAGUUGUGUGCUGUUUGUCAUAGCCAGGUUUAGUCCCUACGAGUGGUAUAAUCCCCACCCUUGCAACCCUGACUCGGAUGUAGUGGAAAACAAUUUCACCCUGCUAAAUAGUUUCUGGUUCGGAGUUGGAGCUCUCAUGCAGCAAGGAUCUGAGCUCAUGCCGAAGGCCCUCUCCACCAGAAUUGUAGGAGGAAUUUGGUGGUUUUUCACGCUCAUCAUCAUAUCCUCCUAUACUGCAAACCUUGCGGCCUUCCUCACCGUGGAGAGGAUGGAGUCGCCCAUCGACUCUGCUGAUGACCUGGCUAAGCAGACCAAGAUAGAAUACGGGGUCGUAGAGGAUGGCGCCACCAUGACCUUCUUCAAGAAAACCAAGAUCUCCACGUAUGAUAAGAUGUGGGAGUUCAUGAGCAGUCGGAGGCAUUCAGUGAUGGUGAAGAACAUUGAGGAAGGCAUUCAUCGUGUGCUCACCUCAGACUACGCAUUCCUCAUGGAGUCCACCACCAUUGAGUUUGUCACGCAGCGCAAUUGCAACCUUACCCAGAUUGGAGGCCUCAUUGAUUCCAAAGCCUACGGGGUUGGCACUCCAAUGGGCUCUCCGUACAGAGAUAAGAUCACGAUUGCCAUCCUGCAGCUUCAGGAGGAAGGAAAGCUGCACAUGAUGAAGGAGAAAUGGUGGAGAGGAAACGGCUGCCCAGAGGAGGAGAGUAAGGAGGCCAGCGCCCUCGGGGUGCAGAACAUCGGAGGGAUCUUCAUUGUCCUGGCUGCUGGACUCGUCCUGUCUGUGUUCGUGGCUGUGGGAGAGUUCCUCUAUAAAUCCAAACAGAAUGCACAACUUGAAAAGAGGUCCUUCUGCAGCGCCAUGGUGGAUGAGCUGCGGGUAUCCCUCAAGUGCCAGCGCCGGCUCAAACACAAGCCCCAGCCACCCGUCAUGGUAAAAACGGAGGAGGUCAUCAACAUGCACACCUUUAACGACCGCAGACUGCCAGGGAAAGAGACCAUGGCCUAAAAUGGGAAUCACCAUCUCUCCUGCAGUGAGGAGGUGUGCAGAGACACUGGGGAAGAGGUGGGGGUAAAUGGUAAGGAUGGGCAGUGGGUUGUAAUAGUUGACAUUUGGGUUAUUUCUAAGGUAGAGCAGAGGUGUUUGGAAGUAUAUUGACAAAAUGUCAUUCUUGUUUCUUUAUAAAUAGCUGGGGAAGAGAUUCAACAAUAUUUCCUGUGGAAAUAACUUGGGUGAAAUUUCAGCGAGUUACCUCAUUACUCUUAUCACCUUGGCAAAAAGGCAAACUACAAGUGCAAGGAUUUUUAAAACCCAGGAGUCGAAGAGCAAGAGUCAGUAAAUAAAUUUAAGCUGGGACAGAGAUGGUCCCUGUAAAAAACGGGGUCUCAAAGGAGGCUUGUUAAGCAGCACCAAGAGCAUUGUAGAGACGGUGAGCAAAAAAACAUGUAUAGAUGCUAACUUGUCGAAUGGGGAGAAAAGUUUGUAAAGGAUUGUUUAUUUUCAGAUGUUGUGAAUAGAAUGACUGCACAGGCUCUUGGCUAAAUUAAACCCAAAGCCCCAAAGACAACGGCGAGCUCGGCUGCUCCAGAAAUGUACAGAGAGCCAUUGUUAAGUCACAUAUGAUAUUGAUCAACGUCAAAAAUGGAUAUACUAUAUAUCAUCCAUCGGGCAAUAAGUGAUAUCAUUUAUUUGUGUUUCAGAGUACUAACACUAUUAGUCUUUAAUGUAGGGGGAAGUAAUUUUUAGAGGCAGAAUAUAUGGUGAAAUACAAGCAGAGAAUGCAGGAGUCGGGCCAAAAUAUUGAGCUGUUGAUGCCCAUGUAUUAGCAAGUAGUCACACACCCUUAAUAUCAGUAAAGAGGAACCUUGGAAUGGUGUGAGCAAGGCUCACCAAGUCUAAAUUCACAGCAAUCACACAACACACAAACUCUAUUUAUUAAAAGUAUUUAUUGUUUUAUUUAUGAAACUUAUUUAUAUCUCUAUAGACUGGAUUUUCACUACUGCCAUAAAUACACCUCACUUCCACUCUUUAUGGGUACACAGUUUCUUUCCAUUUGCUCAGUGUCAAUUCUCCAACUUCAUUUUGUACUCUUGUGGCUUUUAUUUUUUUUUUUUAUUUGGAGCAAAGCCCCACAUUUACUUGUGCAAAUGCAAUUUCUAUGAAAAAGUGUUUUUGUACGAAGAGAAUCAAAGUUUUGUAAUGAUUUUUAUCAACACGAAACACACCAUGAGAGUGUCAUCCAUGGCAGAGGGGUGGUACUCCAGGCUGGUAGUUCAGAAGGGUUUCCUAGACACAUACACACAAACACACCCAAGAGUGCAGGGUACACCCAUCCUCCAUGGAGCAGAUUCAAACCAAUUAAUACUAUUAAUAUAGAGCUUUCUGAUAGCAUCAGUGACAUAAUGUUUUGGAGAAGAAGUAAAAAAUAUAUAUUUUUAUCAUGUAAAGGAAUCAUAUUCAAAGAAAGAUAUUUUUACUUCACAUGAAAGAAGAGUAAUGAUAAUACUGGUUAGAGCAAAUAGUGUACACGCACAACUGCUUGAUUCCUCCUGGCACGACUACGUCGCAUUCCAGCUGAGAUGUGGACGCCAGAGCUGAUUGUGCUUGUGAUUCCACCAGAUGUGAUGCUGUGGGUUUCAGAAGCAGCCCUCCACUCUGCUCCGUGGAGAAUACACGAUAUAUCCAUUAUUGACGGAAUCCGUGUCAAGCUGCACAUAGCAGAUCGAACUGGGCAGGAAGUCAGACACGGCUUAGAGCAUCCAGUCGCUUUUCAAAAUAAAACACUCAGACUCCCUGUAGUAUAUCAACAAUAAACAUGAUGAAAAAAAAGAAACCAUAUCACUAUGCAGCCUACUUACCCACUGUAGAAGACAUCAACAGUAGGAUCAGGACAGCACAGAAAUCAAGGAAUAUUACCAAAUCAACAAAUUGCAGGUAAAAAGCUCUGCUUCCUAAACGCUCCUUGGUGGGACAAAGAAAUGCAGAGGAUGCAACAAAAACAUGCAGCAGAUGUGACGUCAAAUAGCCGUGCCCGGUGGAAUCAAGGCACAAGAAGAGAGGAAUACUGCUGAUGAUGCUUAUCAUUCUACACCCCCAGUUACUGAUAGAAUGCUAGAAUCCAGUGCUGAGCAAUCGUGUGUAAAUGGUUUUAAAAAGGAAAAAGAUGUAUUUAAAAAUAUAUAAAGACCACUUAACUAAUUUUGAACUUGUUGUGAAAACAAAAUGGAGUGCACACAGUUUACCCUUUGAAGUUGAUGCACAAGUUUAAAGAAAAUAAAGUAUUCCCAACUUUCA